GCCGCAUUCCUUUGUCCUCACCCCUGAAUCCUCCGUUCCCCCCCUAUUCCUUCAUGGUGCCUCACUCCAUGAGAAUAUUUGUGCAGACUAGGCUUGCUUUCAACUGUGUGUCUUAUCGAUAACCUUCACCUUCAAAUUCCGCUCUCGGAAUCUCGCCGCCGGGCUGUUAUUCAGAUAUGAACGACGCUAGGUGAAAGAGCCUCCGCGUUCGCUUCGUGUCAUAUUUGUAAACAACUUCUUCACGAUCUCUUAAUCCUCCAUCAAACGAACAUCGCAAGAGCGCUGUAAGUCCACUCCCAUUCAUUGCACAUCGUCCCUCUGUACAACGAACUGGCUUGGGAGCCUCACUUGCAGUGAAGUGGCAAACUAACAGUUCCCUCACAGCUUACAAGAUGACCCGCUACGAGCUGAGCGAAGAAGCAAACCAAGCUAUCAACGACUGGAUCUCCCAGAUCAUCGAUAGUACCACAACACCCACCAACAAUAAACUCUCCGAUUGUACUAGGGGUACGAGGGACAAUCAACGCAGCGAUGUCUCGAUCCCAAUCCUCAGCUAUCGCCCGCAACAACUCGCCAUUCUGGAACGAGAGGUCUCAGGGGAGCGGGUGCUUAGAAAGGAGUCCUUGGAGGAGCCGGAGAAUGAGGCUUUGGAUGACGGAGAAGAGGAGCCUGCCACCUUUGCCGUGAAGAAGAAGGGCCGCAAGAGCAAGGGGAAGAAGGCAAAGGGAACGGACAAGGCAAAGCUAUACGACCCAUCAUCUUUCAAGUAUGACGACAUAUCGGCCCAAUUCGAGAAGAUGAAUGAAGCGAUCGAUAAGGAGCAGAGAGAGGCAGAGAGGAUAUUGAAUGCUCCGCGUGCCUAAGGGAUCUUCAGGAGGAUGGUGCAGGAAUUUGUAAAGUAGUUGACGCACGGAAUGUAUUACCUAUGGCUACUUGAAUAUAUUGUUCCAAGUGCCUCUGGAUGGUUGAAAAGGAC